AUGACGCUGCUGGAGCCGCUGCAGCCCGCGGCGACGCAGGUGCCCCCGCGGAGGACCUGGCUGGAGCUGGAGCACGCGAGGCAGGCGCUCGGCCCCGCGCCGGAGCAGCUGGAGCAGCUCGAGUCGCAGGACUGGCAGGAGGAGGACGUGGUGUCGAAGAACUGCGACUGGGCGCAGGUCGGCAGGCAGCGCCCGUUCGUCAGCACGGGGAGGUCCGAGUUGCAGCUGGAGCACUGGUUGAAGGAGCCGCCGGAGCAUGUCGCGCAGUCGGGGUGGCACGCCAGGCACGAGCCGGAGGAGCUGAAGGUAUUGGACGGACAUGAAGAGACGCAUGACCCGUUGGAUGCGAGCUUGUUGUUGGCGCAAGUCAAACAGAAGGUGGACGAUCCAGCGCAAGUGCCGCAGGAAGAGUCGCAAGCUAUGACGGAGAUUGCUCGGAGAACACAUACUAUCACACUCGUGCUUGUUGUUGUUGGCGAUCAAGUUCGAGUUCUCGCACACGCCCUCGCUAUUCGUCGAUACGCAGCUGCCGUUGAGGCUAUACGUGCCCGCGCCACAAAUGAUGCAGUCGUUCGAUGUCGGGCCGUUGCACGUCUGACAGAGCGAGGAGCAUUGUACGCAUUGUGUGCCGUUACUGAAGGACUCGCUGGGGCAGACCGUUCCGCCGGAUGUGGUGGACUGUGCUGCGGUGCACUGGGUGGCAUCGCUGGCGCUCUGCGUAAAACCCGACUUGCAGGUAAUACAGUCGCCCGUACUGUCCGCACAUUCGGUGCAGCCAAGUGCACAGACUGGGCUCUGAGUCAGUGUAUGAACAUGAGGAUACACCAUUUUCACUCACCCUCACAAUUCCCGCUGGAAUCGAGGAAGUAUCCCGUCGCACACUUCGCGCAGGCGGUUCCGUUGGAUGCGGUUGUCCACCCGGCGUUGCAUGAACAUGCACCAUCCGAGCCGCAGACUCCGUUGAUGCAGUCGCAGCUGGACGGAGGGUUGCUGACUUCCGGCACAAGGCACUUUCCGGUCCCUUGCAAGCCUUGGUCGCACUUCUCGCAGUCCGCGGGGCAAGGCUGGCAUGUCGGCCCGAAGAAUCCCUCUGCGCAGGACUCGCACGAGGAACCGGUGAAACCCGUUGGACAGACACACUUGCCCGCCGUUGAGCACACGCCCGCACCGGCGCACGGAGGCGAGCAUGCGGAAGACUGCAUCUCGAGCAGCGCCAGAGGGUUGUUCAGCGUACUUGAUGGCAGCUGUGACACAUCAGGAACAGAGUCCCAGAAAAUGACACGGUCGUUUGAAGAAGAGCCCGCGAACGACGCCCACAUGUUAGACGCAAGGGCAAAGGAGCCAGCGGAGCUCUGUGUCUGCUUGGAACUGUUCGCCGAGGAACCAUUAGUAGGUAAUGCGGUGAAGGUGGCUUGGCCGGAGAAGUUCGCGCUAGGAUACAAUGCAAUACCGGGCUGCAGUUCCACGUUUAGCGGAAGUGAGACAGAUGAAUUGGCUGAAAAGCCAGGGGAUGCGGAGAGCGAGGCGCUUGAAGACGUGAGGAUAUCAUGGAGGAGCGCGGGGUUAGUCGUCGAGGAGUACUGUCCUGGGAGUAAACGGAGGUUCGUUGCGGCGCCAGAUGCAGAUAGGGUCGCUCCCACUGCGAAAUAUCAGGAUGCUGGUCAAACUUGGGAGCAAUUAGGCAAACUCACGCGUUGUGUUCGUGAAUCCUUCGAGGCAUUGGCCGGCAACGCAGACGACCGACACGGAUUGCGCAGCUGUGUCUCCUGGGAGUGGGAUGGCAAAAAGGCUCGCGAGCAUGUCGUGCAGGCCAAAGGAGGUCGUGAGUGGAGGGAGGAGAAAGACGAGCAGCGUGGCAAGGCCAGCAGUGCGCCUGAAAUUGAUUGUAUGGAUUUUAUUGCCAUGGUGCGCUUGUUGUUGACAAUGCUAUUGUCGUUCGCGUCGUUAUUGUAUUCCACUCAUUGUUCCAUUUUGGGAAAGCGCCUUGCCCAAUUCGGCAAUCGCCGACCGCAAGCGUCGAUAGACGCCCUGAUGUUGUCCAAAGAUAGAUCCGACAAGCGCUCGUGCACUUCCGAGCUCGAAUUGUUGCAAAUUACUUUCAUCGUCUUCAUUUGGUGA